AUGUUUGCCUCUAUCCUCUUGCUCGGCGCUCUGCCGCUCGGAGUGUUAGGCGCGGACAUACUAGAGACCCACGGCUUCAGCACAUGUUUAGACAGCUCCGAUAUAAAGAUCCAGAAGAUGAAUGUAAAAUACAACCGCGCAACGAACAAGGUGGUCUUCGAUGUUGCCGGAUCAAGCGCGAAAGAGCAGAAGGUCAUGGCCAAGUUGACAGUUCUGGCCUACGGCACAGAGGUUUACAAGAAAGAGUUCAAUCCUUGCGACGAGGGCACCAAAGUGACACAGCUAUGUCCAGUACCGGCUGGCGAGUUUGCCGCCACCGGCGAACAGGAUAUCCCCGCAAGUUACGCAAGUCAGAUACCAUCGAUUGCCUUCUCCGUACCCGACCUUGACGGCGAAGCGAAACUCCAGCUUAGUGCGGUUGAUGGCGGCCAGGAUCUCGCCUGCAUCCAGUCUACCGUGACAAAUGGCAAGAGCAUGAGCAUACCCGCUGUGCCUUAUAUCGUUGCCGGCAUUGCGGGCGCCGCCCUUCUACUCUCUGGUCUGUCAGCGUUGGGCGCUGGCGCCGGUUCUCACGCCGGCACGGCAACACCGAGUCCAACUUUUGGCGAGGUCAUCGGCUGGUUCCAGUCGGUAGCUAUGAACGGCAUGCUCAGUGUCCAAUACCCGUCGGUUUACAGAAGCUUUGCGAAGAACUUCGCAUUCAGCGGAGGGCUCAUCCAAUGGGAGGCGAUGCAGACAACUAUUGACAGCUUCCGAGAGCGGACUGGUGGAAACCUGACCGAGAACAGCGUAAAGUACCUCAAAAAUGCGACGCUCAUCCACCAGGACCCUUCGAAGAACCUCGCCAAGCGGGCGUUGGAUGAGGCGUUCCUCUUCGCUCGCGAAUUUAGCACUACCGUCAACGGCACUACCUUGGGCGGUGACGGCAGUACUGGCAACUCCACCGCGGAAGAUGACAAAGUCAUGCAUUUCGUCCACGGUAUUCAAGGCUACGUCGAAGAGCUCCGCAUUCCCCGAACCAACACCUUCAUGACGGUCCUGCUGAUCUUCGCCGUGGUUAUCGCCGCAAUCAUCGUCGGCAUUCUCCUGUUCAAGGUCAUCCUCGAGACGUGGGCGCUGUUUGGCAACUUUCCUAAGAGUCUUACCAGCUUCCGGAAGCGCUACUGGUGGGUCGUGGCGAAGACGAUUACCAACUUGAUUCUCAUACUGUACGGCAUCUGGACCCUUUACUGCGUCUAUCAGUUUACGAAGGGCGAUUCGUGGGCGGCUAAAGCGCUUGCUGGAGUGACGCUCGUUGUCUUUACCUGCAUCCUGGGAUACUUCACCUUCAAGAUCUGGGCGAAGGCCAAGGAGUACAAGAAGGCCAUGGGAGAUGCCUCUGGGCUGUUUGAGGAUAAGAAGACGUGGCUGAAGUACAGUCUCUUCUACGAGAACUACAAGAAGAGCUACUGGUGGAUUUUUGUUCCCACGAUCGUCUACAUGUUCGCCAAGGGCUGCGUUAUCGCUGGUGGUGACGGCCACGGCCUGGUCCAGACCGGCGGCCAGCUCAUCAUUGAGGCUCUGCUCUUGAUCCUCCUGCUCUGGUUCCGACCGUACUCCCUCAAGUCUGGCAACUGGAUCAACAUCAUCAUCCAGGUUGCUAGGGUGCUCUCAGUCGCUUGCAUCUUGGUGUUCGUCCAGGAGCUGGGCAUCGCGCAGACGACGCAGACUAUCACCGGUAUUGUCCUGAUCGUGAUUCAGUCCGUGCUCACGGGCUUGCUUGCCAUUCUUAUCGCGGUUAAUGCGCUUGUCAUCUGCUGCCGUGAGAACCCGCACCGCAGGCGGAGGAAGGAGGCCGAAAAGCUCAAUCGUGACCUCGACAACCUCACUCCACUCGACGCCCGCAACUCUCUCCUCAUGGACCCAUCCGAAUACAAGGGCGCCCGCACCAGCGUCAGACACUCCGUUAUCUCUGCUGCAAAUCCUCUCAGCCCAAGCAACCGGGGCUACGACCCCGUCCCGCUUACGGAGCGCCCCGUUCACACCCGAUACGACACGAGUGAAUCGCGUACGGGGCUGCUUGGCGACGCGGCUAGCAUGGAUGCUGCGAGCAGAUUUGACUCCCAUGACAGGAGCUUGAGUCCGCCUGCUUCGAUGCGCGCGCCGAGGUUGCCGGAUGUGGGUCCUGCGCCGGGUGGCUAUAGGGGCAUGGCAUAUUAG